AUUAUGAAUAUCGAAUCUAGAUUGCAAGAGUGCAUCAACUUCCCUCAACAAAAAGAAAAACUGGAUGGGUUUAAAAGUGUAUUAGAAGACAUCUUGUCUAGUUCGAAUCAUGUUCAACAAUUACAAGACUAUAUAGAAGCUGUCCUGGACGAGCAAGUGGGUCUUGUUAUUGCACGUCAACUAUUGUCUGAAUUCAUUGCUUUGUUUGAUGAGAAAAUCACAGAUCAUGAUGUUCAAAAGCAAUUGUUGUUGUUUGCUAUUGAGCAUGCUCAACCUCGCGCUGUUAGUUUUGAAGAAUCGUUAUCUUUAUUAAGAGAGAAAUUAGCAAGUGUAUAUGAAGCAGAAGAUGAGUAUUUAGAGGCAGCAAAGACAUUACAAGGUAUUCCCUUGGACUCUGGUCAUAGAGCUAUUUCAGAUGAUUACAAAUUACAAGUGUAUGUUCGUAUUGUCAAGCUAUUAUUGGAAGAAGAAGAAGCUGUUCAAGCAGAAGCUUACUUAAACCGUGCUGCCUUAUUAAUCCCUAACUCGAAUGAUCCCUUAUUGAACUUGACAUUCAAACUAUCCCAGGCUCGCAUUCUGGAUGCUAAACGUAGAUUCUUGGAAGCCUGUUCAAAAUACCAUGAAUUGAGUUAUGUCAGUCAAGUUGAAGAAGACGAGCGUAUUCUUUGCUUAACUGCUGCUGUGCAAUGUGCUGUGUUGGCAGGUGCAGGACCCCAACGUUCUCGUAGCUUGGCCACACUUUACAAGGACGAGAGGACACAUCAUUUGCCUUUUUUUUCCAUCUUGGAAAAGACAUAUUUAGAACGAGUUAUUCGACCUAACGAAGUCUCGGAAUUUGUAGCCACAUUACGCUCACAUCAUUUAGCACGAUUGGCAGACAAUACGACUGUCUUUGAUCGUGCUAUCAUUGAACACAACUUGCUCUCUGCUUCUAAAAUUUACAACAAUAUUGCUAUUGAUGAAUUAGCUGCCUUAUUGAAUGUGUCGCCUGAACAAGCAGAACAAGUAGCGGCUCGUAUGAUCAGUGAGAACAGAAUGGUGGGCAGUAUUGAUCAAUUAGAUCGCUUAAUAUCAUUUGAAUCAGGCGGUGCUGCAAGAGAAGAACAGACGGCAGAUUUAUUCUCAGUCGGUUCUGGUCAAGCAAGUAUUCGUGUUGAACAAAGUAUGCUUGAAAUCAUGAAAUGGGAUACAGCUAUUCAGUCUCUUUGUCAAGAUAUUGAUGCUGUUAUUACCAAAGUAAAAGCUAAACACCCAGAUUAUAUGGUAUCUCAAUGAAUAUAUAAAACA